AUGACUUCGAUAGGGUUCUUUGAAGCAUCCAUAGCUUUCUUUUGCUUUCUCAUAUUCUACUGCUGCUGCACCAAGAAACUCUUUGGAAGGUGUCCAUGGAACUGGCCAGUUCUUGGCAUGCUUCCUGGUGUAGUCAUGAGGUUACACCGCGCCUAUGACUCCAUCGUGGAGGUUUUCGAGAACUCCAACUUGACCUUUCAAUUCAAGGGCCCAUGGUUUACUGGAAUUGAUAUAUUAGGCACGGUUGAUCCAGCUAAUAUAAAUUAUAUGAUGAGCUCAAACUUCUCAAAUUACUACAAAGGUCCUGAGUUCCAUGAAAUAUUUGAAUCUUUUGGAGACGGGAUCAUCAACACGGACUACGAGCUAUGGAGACAAUGGAGGAAGGCAUCUCAGUCUAUAUUCCACCAACAAAGGUACCAAACUUUUUCAACAACUAUCACGAAAAAGGAAAAGAUGGUGGUGGAGUUGCAAGAUGUGUUCCUGAGAUUCAUGUUCGAUACAACCUUCAUGUUAAUAACCGGGUCAGAUCCUGGAAGUGUCUCCAUUGAAUUACCGGAAGUUGAGUUUGCAACGGCUUUUGAUGAUGUUGGAGAAGCGAUUUUUUAUAGACAUAUUACACCAAGAUUGUUAUGGAAGCUGCAAAAAUGGAUUGGAAUCGGAGCAGAGAAGAAGCUGAUGAAAGCUGAUGCCACUUUAACUCGUGUUUGUAACAAAUAUAUAUCAGCCAAGAGAGAAGAGGUAAGAUCACAAGGGAAUAAUCACAAAUCCAAUGGAGAAGAUCAUGAAGUUCUUUUGACUUCCUUCAUAAAGCUAGAUACAACCAAGUACGACCUCUUGAAUCCUGGUGAUAAUAAGUUUCUACAAGACUUCACAGUGAACUUCAUGGCAGCUGGGAGAGAUUCAACUGCUGUUGCACUAACUUGGUUCUUCUGGAAUCUUUCGGAAAACCCUAACGUGUUAACCAAGAUUCUCCAAGAGAUCAACAACACAAAUCUACCAAGAACUGGAAGUGAUCAUCAAGACACGUUAUUGUACUUGAAUAAGCUGGUGUAUUUACAUGCUGUAUUGAGUGAAUCAAUGAGGCUCUACCCACCAAUCCCAUUCGAACGCAAAUCUCCAAUCAAACCAGAUGUGCUUCCAAGUGGGCAUAAAGUCGAAUCAAAUAUGAAUAUCAUGAUCAGUAUUUACGCGAUGGGGAGAAUGAAAGCAGUAUGGGGAGAAGACGCGAGAGAUUUCAAGCCAGAGAGAUGGAUUACAGAGACAGGAGGGUUGAAGCAUGAGCCUGCUUACAAGUUCUUAUCGUUCAAUGCUGGCCCAAGAUCAUGUAUAGGCAAGAAUUUAGCUAUUAAUCUAAUGAAGACAGUGAUCGUGGAAAUAUUACAAAACUAUGAGAUUAAGGUCGUCAAUGGACAAAAGAUUGAGGCUGAACUUGGUCUUAUUCUCCGCAUGAAGCAUAGGCUAAAAGUCACAAUCGGUGCCGUGCCGAGACUAACCGGGGAUUAA